CGUGUGGCGCGACAGAUCAGACCACUGUCCGACUCGUCGCCGGCAACAAGUAAUUCGACGACGAAUAGUAUUAUACCGUAUAUGAUACACGCUAAAGCCUAUCGCGGGUAAUAUUGUUAACUAUUUCAUAUGUUACACAACUUGUCUAACGAUUAGCGCUUUAACGCGUCUCAUAUAAUAUAAUAUAAUAUAAUAUUACCUAGUGCAGCCAUUGCGAUAUAUCGUGUAUUCAAAUAAAAGUGCAACGUUGCACCGAUCGUUGUAACCAUCAUACCCGCAGUUUAUACCUACCCGGCGUAGAAAAUUAUCAUUAUAAUAUCACUUAGUUACCGUUAACAAUCGAGAGUGCGGUCGUUUUUGCGGGCAGACUGUUGAAAUUCUUGGAUCAGUGCAGAUGACCCACACAGCGUUGGCGUCCAAAGAGGAAGAACACCGCGUUGAUUGGGUCGACCCAGACGGCGGUCAUAAUCAAGAAAAAAUUUGGUUAAAAAGAAUGCUGUCAACUGAUAAGUUCCUUGUGCCACCAACUGAGGACCAGAAAGUAAGCUGCGCUGUGUUCGAAGCACCAAUGUCUGAAUUAAAAGGUACAGCUGAACCGAGCCAAUUGUAUGAACGACAGCCAUGGCAGAAGCUUGUAUUGAUAUUUUUAGCUGAAGUGUUUGGUACUGCUUUUUUAAUGUUGUUCGGUUGUAUGGGAUUAGUUCCUAAUAAUCCGGCUGAAGAACUUGGUGCAUACAGUGGUGCUAUUGCAUUUGCUGGUAUUGUAGCUAUUGCUAUUGUUAUUUUUGGUCCCAUUAGUAAUUGUCAUUUAAAUCCAUGUGUUACAUUGUGUGCAUUACUUCUUGGUAAAUUACCAAUAUUAACAGCUAUUGUUUAUGUCGUAGCUGAGUUUUUAGGAGCUAUGAUCGGUUAUGGAGUUUUAGUGGUUAUUUCACCUUAUAAUAUAUUGAGUUCAUCAGGAUCUGGAGUUUGUGUAACAAGCCCAGUUGUGGGUUUGACUGAAUGGCAAGCCCUUUUAAUUGAAGCUAUAACAACAGGACUUUUAGUGACUUUAGUAUGUGCUCUCUGGGAUCCUAAAACUAAUAAUGGAGAAUUUGGUUUUCUGACAUUUUUUAUUAUGAUAUUCUUGUCAUCAGUUGUUGUUGGCCCUUUCACUGGAAAUAGUUUGAACCCAAUACGAUCUUUAGCACCAGCAAUAUAUAACAAUUCAUGGAAAAUGCAUUGGAUAUACUGGGUUGGUCCAUUUUCCGGAACAAUAACAUCAACUCUUUUCUACAAAUAUAUUUUUAUGGCAUUAAAUAACGAUGAACGAGUAAAAUAAAGUGAUUUUUUUAAUAGAGCUACAUACCCAUUCCUGACACUUGACUCAAUUUAUUAAAUUUGAGUUUUUACUGUGUUUCUUUUAUAUUAAAUAUUGAAGUCAGUGUAAAUUGUGUCAGUGUAUGUGUAAUAUCCUUUACAAAAUAUCCAUCUCCAUGUUUAUAGUUUAUUUAUCUACUUAAUUAUGUUUUAGUCUCCACCAAAUCUUUUAACUAUUUGAUUUUAUUCUACUAGGUUUAUUCAACUGUAUGGAUUAUCUUUAUAUAUAAGCUAUGUAUACAUUAUACACAAUCUAUGUACAAUGUUAUUUACUGACAGUAUUACAUAGAUUUAUUUAUGCGAAAAAUAAUUUUUAUUUUAGCGAUAACUUAUUCUUAUACAAAAUUACGUAAUAUGUAUUAAGUAUAUGGCGUAAUGAAUAUAUAUUUUUAUUGUAAGUGCGUAAUAAAGUUUUUUUUUAUGUAUUUAUCAUGUUGAUCAUUUCAACUUAUGAAUAUGUUAUACAUGUGUUAAAACAAUA